GAAAGUUAAAAUCUAACAAAAUCAUUCCAGAUCCCAAUUUUCUGUCCAUUACCCAAAAAUAGCAAUUAAUGAUAUUUCAUUACUGUAUAAAAUCCAAAACUCAAAAUCCAAAUCUAUCACUUUUCACAACGCUCUCUAUCUCUCAAAAUCUCACGCCUCUCUCUAUCUCAGCUGUUUCAACAUAUGGCGUCUUCAUCACAAAAAAUACUUGUAACCGGCGGGGCUGGUUUCAUUGGCGCUCAUACCGUUGUUCAGCUUCUUAGAGAUGGGUUUCAUGUUUCCAUCAUCGAUAAUUUCGAUAAUUCUGUUAUGGAAGCAGUGGACCGCGUUCGUGAAGUUGUUGGUCCUGACCUUUCUCAGAAUCUUGAAUUCACGCUGGGAGAUCUCAGGAAUAAAGAUGAUUUGGAGAAACUCUUCUCAAAAACUAAAUUCGAGGCUGUGAUUCAUUUUGCUGGGCUAAAAGCAGUUGGUGAAAGUGUUCAAAAUCCUCAACGUUAUUUCGAUAAUAAUCUCGUCGGCACAAUCAAUCUCUAUGAUGUUAUGGCUAAGCACAAUUGCAAAAACAUGGUUUUCUCAUCGUCUGCAACGGUUUACGGCCAACCUGAAACAAUACCAUGUGUGGAGGAUUUCAAGUUACAAGCAAUGAACCCUUAUGGACGGACGAAGCUUUUCCUUGAAGAAAUUGCGCGAGAUAUUCAGAAAGCUGAUCCAGAAUGGAGAAUCAUUUUACUGAGAUACUUCAAUCCAGUUGGGGCACAUGAAAGUGGUAAACUCGGCGAAGAUCCUAAGGGCAUCCCGAAUAACCUCAUGCCUUAUAUACAGCAAGUAGCCGUUGGAAGAUUACCCGAGCUUAAUGUUUACGGUCAUGAUUAUCCUACAAGGGAUGGCACUGCGGUACGGGACUAUAUCCAUGUGAUGGACUUAGCAGACGGUCACAUUGCCGCCCUAAGAAAGCUUUUCGCAACGGAAAACAUAGGUUGUGUGGCUUACAAUUUGGGAACAGGUCGUGGCACAUCCGUGCUUGAAAUGGUUGACGCAUUUAAUAAAGCUUCUGGCAAGAAAAUCGCAUUGAACUUGUGUCCAAGACGUCCAGGAGACGCUACCGAGGUCUAUGCAUCUACAGAUAAAGCCGAGAGAGAACUCGGUUGGAAGGCCAAAUAUGGUGUAGAGGAGAUGUGCAGGGACCAAUGGAAUUGGACAAAGAACAACCCUUGGGGUUACUCAGGGAAGCCUUGAAUCAGCUCGACAAAUACACUACUCAUAUACCGAUAUUUUCUAUACUAAUAGACCUCCCAUUGUUAAAGAGUACUUGAAGCCUGUUUAGGUCAAACUCUAAUUCUAAUGUGAUUCUCAGCUAUUUGAGACCAACAUUCAAUAACUGAAUAAAAAUAAUUUGCUUGAAUGGUAUAAAAUUCGAAACUAUUUAGGGUUUUACAAAAAUGUUUAUAAUUUAAUCCGCGGUAUCAAAGGUUUCUAAUGUCUCUACAAUGCACCCAUAACUGAAACCCUAACAGUAUUCUUUGAAUGCGAUUCUUCACGAAUAUCAAUUAUCGCGAUUUCAACAUUCAAUUGUUUAAAUGACUAAGAAUAUUGAAACUUCACAGGGUUAUACAAACAAAUGAGUCAACAAUAUAUCAAAAAGUUUCAUUUUUUCUUCAUAAUAAUUACAAAGAUAUGAUUUUGAUGGUAGA